AUGGGCUCUAACAUCGCGGGUGCCGAAUUUCCUGGCGACGGGGCCCACCCACUCUGCCCGAACCUUGCUCACCGGACGGGAUCGUUCGCUUCUCCAAGCGCCGGCGAGGAGUGGAACUCGAGUCCCGGAGGCCUCCGCUCUUUCCCAAACACCCCGCCCUAUGGGGCCUGGCGCCCCGGGGAGCCCGGAGAGCUGGGCGGAGGGCGGGGCCCCGCGGGCCGCACCGGGGAGCGGCGGGCGGCCAAGCUGGAUGGGGCGCCCAUGAGCUUCGGCGCCGAGCUUCCCGGCCAGGCCCGGGAACGGCCGGACAUGGCCUCGUACCGCGACGGCUCGGGUGCGUGUCCCGUCCCGCACAGCCAGGCCGGGGCCACCGCGCACCCCGUGGCCUACGCGCGCGCCGAUGUGGGCGCGGGAGCCGGGGCCCAGUGCCCGUGGCUGAACGCGCCGGCUCUCAGCCCCGCGCCCUACACCGCCGGCCCCCGGCCCGCGCCCCCCUACGCGGCCCCCGGCCCGCUCCUCGGCGCCCCGGGCGGCCUGGCGGGCGCAGACCUCGCGUGGCUGAGCCUCUCGGGCCAGCAGGAGCUGCUGAGGCUGGUGCGGCCGCCCUACUCGUACUCGGCGCUCAUCGCCAUGGCCAUCCAGAGCGCGCCGCUGCGGAAGCUGACGCUCAGCCAGAUCUACCAGUACGUGGCCGGCAACUUCCCCUUCUACAAGCGCAGCAAGGCAGGCUGGCAGAACUCCAUCCGCCACAACCUGUCGCUCAACGACUGCUUCAAGAAGGUGCCCCGCGAGGAGGACGACCCAGGUAAAGGCAAUUACUGGACCCUGGACCCAAACUGCGAGAAGAUGUUCGACAACGGCAACUUCCGACGGAAGAGGAAGAGGAGAGGAGAGGUGAGCGCCGCCUCAGCCUCGGGAGCCGGGAGCCCCGGAGGAGCCACGGCGCCGGAGCUGGAGCCCCUGGGCGCCGCCUCCCCGGACCUGCAGGCCCCGCCGUCCCCGCCCGCGCCCGAGGCGGCCACCUGCCUGUCCGGUUUCGCCUCGGCCAUGGGCGCCCUGGCUGGCGGCCUCGGUACCUUCCCCGCGGGCCUGGCGGGGGACUUCUCAGUCGGGAGACCGACGACGGUCGCCGCCCACGGGCCCCGGGCCCCAGGCCCCGCACCCGGCUUCGGUGCCGGACGUCAGACCGCGGCCCCCGCCUUCCGCGUGGACCCCUUCGUCUACCGUCGGGAGGGGACCGAAGUGUGA